AGCGCGAGCGGGCGAGCGAGCGAGGCCGGGGAGGGGGCCGGGAGCGAGGGGACAGCUCGGGAGCAGCCGGAGCGGUAGCGGCGGCGGCGGCGGCGAGGCUCGGCGCCUUCUUCUCUGCAAACCAUGUUUGCCAAAGGCAAAGGCUCGGCGGUGCCCUCGGACGGGCAGGCUCGGGAAAAGUUAGCUUUAUACGUCUACGAAUAUUUACUGCACGUAGGAGCACAGAAAUCUGCACAGACCUUCUUGUCAGAGAUUCGAUGGGAAAAAAACAUCACGUUGGGAGAACCGCCUGGGUUUUUGCACUCGUGGUGGUGCGUAUUUUGGGACCUUUACUGUGCAGCUCCUGAAAGGCGAGACACUUGUGAACAUUCGAGUGAAGCAAAAGCCUUUCAUGAUUACAGCGCAGCAGCCGCCCCGAGCCCCGUGCUUGGCAACAUUCCCCCCAACGACGGGAUGCCGGGAGGCCCCAUCCCGCCAGGUUUCUUUCAGGGUCCUCCGGGGUCACAGCCCUCGCCGCACGCACAGCCUCCACCUCACAAUCCCAGCAGCAUGAUGGGACCCCACAGUCAGCCUUUUAUGUCACCGCGAUACGCAGGCGGCCCCAGGCCCCCGAUCAGAAUGGGAAACCAGCCUCCAGGAGGAGUUCCUGGGACCCAGCCACUGCUGCCCAAUUCCAUGGAUCCCACCCGACAACAAGGGCACCCCAACAUGGGAGGAUCAAUGCAGAGAAUGAACCCUCCCCGAGGCAUGGGACCCAUGGGGCCCGGCCCACAGAAUUACGGCAGCGGCAUGAGACCACCACCCAACUCCCUCGGCCCCGCCAUGCCCGGGAUUAACAUGGGCCCGGGAGCUGGCAGACCCUGGCCAAAUCCUAACAGUGCUAACUCAAUUCCAUACUCCUCCUCAUCACCUGGUACCUACGUGGGACCUCCUGGCGGUGGUGGCCCCCCAGGAACACCCAUCAUGCCUAGUCCUGCAGAUUCAACAAAUUCCAGUGACAACAUCUACACAAUGAUUAAUCCGGUGCCGCCUGGAGGCAGCCGGUCCAACUUCCCGAUGGGUCCAGGCUCGGACGGCCCGAUGGGAGGCAUGGGCGGCAUGGAACCACACCACAUGAACGGAUCAUUAGGGUCAGGUGACAUAGAUGGACUUCCAAAAAAUUCUCCUAACAACAUAAGUGGCAUUAGCAAUCCUCCAGGCACCCCUCGAGACGAUGGUGAGCUAGGAGGGAACUUCCUUCACUCCUUCCAGAAUGACAAUUAUUCUCCAAGCAUGACGAUGAGCGUGUGAUCCCCUCCUCUUCUCCGAGACGCUGAGAGAGCCGGCAUUGCAGGCGGGAAGAUGCCAGAAAUUAUGCAAGAAGAAGUGAGGUGUCAUUACCCAGGAGCUGGGGGAGGGGCGUCUCCCUGCUCCCCCUCAGCCCCCACCCUCCUCCUCCAGUCCCCCCCACCUGUCCCAAUUUUAGUUUCAUGCAAUAAAAAGGCCGAACUUUUUAUUCCAUAAAACAUGAAGGACAAAACUCAAAAUAAAAAUAUAUUUCAAGUCAAUGACCAGAAAAAUCCCACCCCUUGCCCUUUCCCAAAAGGACCUUUUAUGUACAUGACACUUUUUUGUUGUUUUUUUUUUGUUUGUUUGUUUGUUUGGGGUUUUACCGUUACUGGGAUUUUUUAAUUUGUUUUCAGGGGGGUUUUUUUGGGGGAAAAAUUUUUAAAAAUGGAAGCUUCUAGCAAGUCCCCCACCCACCCCACCCCAAUCAACCUCUUUGCUUUCUUCUUUUAAAAAAAAAAAAAAAAAAUAGAAAAAAAGAAAAAAGGACCAAAAAAAAAAAAAAAAAGCCCUGCUGUCUGUCUGUACCCAAGCCCUUCCACCAGGAAAGCUAGUCUAGGUGUGAGAUCUCACGCUGUCUUUGUAGCCAUCUAAAAAUAAUAAUAAUAAUAAUAAUAAACUGGGCAGUUUACAAUCGGUGGUUUCUUUCAAAAGGCCUUUUUUGGAAAGAGACAAGAAAGUCCCCUUUCUCCACUUGGGGUUUUUGGUUUGUGCGGAUGGGCAAACAAGGGGUGGGAACCUGUUUUGUUUUCGCUUGGUUUCUCCCGGCGAGGUGGCCUCAGCAGCUGCACAACUGGGACCCCAGAACCACCCCCUCCCGUAUGUGGCCCGAGGGGCCAGACCACCUGACCGCUUUCAGGACUCCGCCACAGCGGAGACUCGCUGUGACCCGGUGGCAUGCACUGUGUUCCCAGGACUGCUUCCUCCUCUCUCUCUUCUGGACCUUCCCCUGCCCGGCCUCCCUGCCGCUCCAGCCCUCUCCUCAGCCCCCACCCCAGUCUUCCCAGCGAGAAUCCUGCCAGCUGGGUGGUGGCCUGGACGGAGCGCAGUGGGGGAGGCCGCCCCCAACAGGAUGGCUAUGACCUGGGACAUGGCAACCGUGACCCCCGCGUUCUCGCCCCGUGGCCCUGGCUCGCAUCGUCCUCGUCGUGUGUGCUCGUGUGUGCGGGCACUGUAGGGCUGGAGUUUGGGUUUCCUUUUGUUUUGGGUUUUUUUUUUUUCUCUUGAUUCUUGCUUCUUUUUCAAAGAUGGGAAUUGACCAGAAUUGCUCUGUAUACGCUUGGAACUGGAUGGAAAGACUUUGGAAUAGCUGUUGGGGGGGCGGGGGACACCAACAACCAAACAGACGUGCUGUUUCCGGUCCUGUUUUUAUUUUCAAAAACCGACAAAUGCGACAGUGGAGCCUGUCACCUCCCAGGAGGGGUGACUCAUGGCCUCCCUCACCUCACUACCCCCAUUGAACCUCUGUGUCUUGCCCUGAAGACACCCGAAUUCUUUGUACAUUUACAGCCCCUCCUCCCUGCUCCCCUGUAGCUGCUGUUUGUUUUCCUCCCUCCCCUUCCUGAUCCAUGUAUAUCAUACUAUGUGAGAUACCAUCUGCCUGAAAAAAGACCUUGUGCGGAUUAUUGGGAACAUUGUAGCUGUUUCUGUGUUUUUUCUUACCUUGUAGUCUGGUUCUGAAUUAAGAGAGGAAAAAAAAAAAAAGUAAUUAUGAUACAUUGUAGUUUGUGUACGAUAUAUGUUGAUAACGUUUUAUUAAAGGGACAUCUUUUUUCCGCA